UCGUCCUUCAACUCCAUGUCGCCUUCUCUCGGCCUCUUCCUUCGGUUCGGAAUUUUGGCGGUUAUUUUUAAGAAUGGUUUCUGUGAUGAACACGAAUACAGAUUGACAAAAUACUUGUUGGAGGGAUACGAUGCAGCUGUGAGACCAGCAAAAAAUUCUUCUCAACCUUUGGCCGUUAUCUUUGGUCUUUCUCUUCAUCAUAUAAUCGAUGUGGAUGAAAAAAAUCAAAUACUAACCACUAAUUGUUGGGUAACACAAAUUUGGACCGAUCAUCAUUUGAAAUGGAACGCUUCGGAAUUCGCAGGAAUUCGAGUAAUUCGUGUUCCAUACAAUCGCGUUUGGAGACCUGAUAUUAUACUCUAUAACAACGCAGAUCCACAGUACAGUUCAGCGAUUAUAAAUACAAACGUAAUCGUCAGUCACACGGGCGAAGUAGUAUGGCUUAGUCAUGGUAUUUUUCGUAGCAGCUGUGACAUAGAUGUUGAAUUUUUUCCCUUCGAUGAACAAAGGUGUGCCUUGAAAUGGGCAUCUUGGACUUACGACGGAUAUCAGCUCGAACUUGAAAAACAGAGCGAACAAGGCGACGUAACUAAUUACAAAGCAAACGGUGAAUUCGAUCUCGUUGAUUUUUCUGCCAGACGAAAUAUCGAGUAUUACUCCUGUUGUCCAGAACCUUACCCGGAUAUCACUUAUGAGAUCCGUUUACGACGGCGAUCCAUGUUUUAUGUCUUCAAUCUCAUACUUCCUUGCAUACUUAUCAACGGUAUCGCUCUACUGGUAUUCUAUGUACCUUCGGAAUCUGGAGAAAAAGUUACUCUUGGAAUCUCGGCUCUUCUUUCGAUGACUGUCUUCCUCAUGACAAUACGCGAGACUCUUCCACCGACGGAAAAGACGCCUUUGAUAAGUCUCUAUUAUGGAGUAAGCAUUUGUCUCGUGUCGUUCGCGUCAGGAUUAGCGGUAUUGACUUUGAAUUUACAUCAUCGUGGCACGAGAGUACCCGAAGUUGUGAGAUCGUUAUUUCUACACAAGUUGGCAAGAAUAGUGUUUCUUAAUUUUCAAGAAGAGAAUAAGCCGGGAUCCGCAGAAUCGAUGAGAAAGGUAAACAGUUGUCCAUUACAUUCUAAAACUGAUUUACCUCAGCAACAAAUGACGUCACCUAAGCACGUUAAGAGAAAGCAGGAUGGUGACAAUAUCAGUCCUAGUCUUGAUUUUGGGAAAGAUAAUAAUUUGGAAACUCAAUGGACUCGCAUUUUGGGAAGAGUGCAUGCAACUAUUGAGAGAAACGAGAGGCGUUUAGCCGAACAAGAUAAAAGAGAAAGAACGGAAUUAGAAUGGAAACAAAUUGCUCUUGUUAGCGAUCGUAUAUUGUUAGACAGACGUCAUUGUAAAUAUUAUAUCGAGUAUUAUAUACGAACAUCUAUCUCAGCUGCUAUAAUUCAAUUGAUAAUUCAUAGUCAGGUACUGGUGCACAGGCAAUCUUUACAAAAUCUUCAUAUUUGACAUUACCAUUGAUGGAUACAUUGGCCUCUCGAAAGAUUUGCUCAACUUUAAUACAAAUACGUAUAAAGAUUUUUUGAAGAAGCAUGUGAGCCA